AAUGCUUUUCUGGGAAUAAGCCCCAUUGAAUAAAUUUGAGGUUUAUUUCUGAAGAUACAUGCAGAGAAUUGCACUGUCAAAAUGCAAACACUAAGCGAACUGUUUGUAUGAUGGAUUUCUGUAGUAUUUUAUCAGCAUUACAAUAUUGACAAUGGAUAAGUGUAAACAUGUAGGACGGCUGCGGCUUGCUCGGGAUCAUUCUAUCGUGAACCCUCACAAAUGGCAUUGCAUGGUGUGCAAUACUACAGAAUCUGUAUGGGCCUGCCUCAGCUGCUCACAUGUGGCUUGUGGAAGAUACAUUGAAGAACAUGCACUAAAGCACUUUCAGGAAAGUAAUCAUCCUGUGGCAUUGGAAGUUAAUGAGCUGUACGUUUUCUGCUACCUUUGUGAUGACUAUGUUCUUAAUGAUAAUGCAACUGGUGACUUAAAACUCUUGCGAAGUACACUAAGUGCAAUCAAGAGUCAAAACUAUGACUGCACUACUCGUAGUGGCAGGACUUUGCGAUCAAUGGGCACAAGUGAUUAUCUUUCCCAUAAUAAUGCCCAAGCUUUGCUUCGUAAUCAAGACCGUAUGUUCACAGCUUUGUGGCAUAGAAGGCAUGCAUUAAUGGGUAAAGUGUUUAGAUCUUGGUUUGAACAGACACCAAGUGGGAAAAGAAUUUUAGAAGAAGAGAAGCUAAGAGAAGAGGCAGAAGAAAGAAGAAUCAAUGCUAGGAAAAGAAGAGAAGAGCGGAAGCGCCAGCUGAAGGAAGAAAUGGAAAAAAUGCCUCCAAGGAAGAGCUUUCGCUUGCAAAAUCAAAGUAGAGAAUCCUCAGAAGUAUCUCUCUAUGCACUAAAAAUGCUCCCAAAUUUGGACUCUGCUGCAGAGCUGAAAGUUACAGCUACCUCAGAAGAAGUAAGAUUAAAAAAAAUUAAUGACUCUCCAAUUAAACGACGGCCUACAGUGACUCCUGGUGUAACAGGAUUACGGAACUUGGGAAAUACAUGCUAUAUGAACUCUAUUCUUCAGGUGUUGAGUCAUUUGAUCAUAUUUCGUGAAUGUUUUUUAAAGCUUGAUUUGAACCAAACUCAAGAGAUGUUAGCUGCAGUGAGUGGGAAAACAAGAUCAUCCUUUAAGCAGCAUCCCCCAUCUGCUGGUUCUGUUUUUCUUGUGAACAAAAGCCAGGUGAAGACAAAGGCAUCUUUAAUGAGGCGAUGUAGUGUGUCCUCAGGCUUAAGUGGUGGAGCAUCAAGUAGUAGGAACAUGGAACUUAUUCAACCUAAGGAGCCAAGUUCAAAGCACAUUUCUCUUUGUCACGAACUACAUACAUUGUUUCAAGUCAUGUGGUCUGGCAAGUGGGCUUUGGUAUCUCCUUUUGCCAUGCUCCAUUCUGUGUGGAGACUCAUUCCAGCCUUCCGUGGUUAUGCCCAACAAGACGCUCAAGAAUUUCUCUGUGAACUUUUGGAUAAAGUACAGCAGGAAUUGGAGACAGCUGGGACAAAGUGUCCCGCCCUCAUUCCCACUUCUCAAAGGAAGCUCAUUAAACAGGUUUUGAAUGUGGUCAACACCAUUUUCCAUGGACAGCUUUUAAGUCAGGUUACGUGUCUUGUUUGUGACAAUAAGUCAAAUACUAUAGAGCCCUUCUGGGACCUGUCACUGGAAUUUCCUGAAAGAUACCACUGCAAUGGGAAAGAGACAACCUGUCAACAUCCCUGUUUAUUGACAGAAAUGUUGGCCAAGUUUACAGAGACAGAAGCCUUGGAAGGAAAGAUAUACGCAUGUGAUAAGUGCAACACAAAACGAAGAAAGUUUUCUUCCAAGCCAGUUAUACUUACAGAAGCACAAAAGCAGCUUAUGGUGUGUCGACUACCUCAAGUUCUGCGAUUACACCUUAAGCGGUUCAGAUGGUCAGGACGUAAUCAUCGUGAGAAGAUUGGUGUACAUGUUAGCUUUGAUCAGAUACUAAACAUGGAACCUUAUUGCUGCAGAGACUGUCUAAAGUCCCUUGUACCGGACUGUUUUAUCUAUGACUUGUCUGCUGUUGUGAUGCAUCAUGGGAAAGGAUUUGGCUCUGGCCACUACACAGCUUAUUGCUAUAAUUCAGAAGGAGGAUUCUGGGUACACUGCAAUGAUUCCAAGCUCGAUAUGUGCACUAUGGAAGAAGUAUGCAAAGCCCAGGCCUACAUCUUGUUUUAUACUCAACGAGUUACUCAGGCAAAUGGACAAUGUAGAACCUCGAGUCUUGGUUUACCACCUGUAAAACAGCCAAAUACUGAGGUUAAUUGUUCCAGUUGAGAUGUUAGCUAAUCUGGAACCUAUUUUACUGUGUAUAAGUCUUGAGUUGUACAUAUAUUGACACAUGAAAGUACAGUAUCGUACUUCAUUUAGUCCUGUGAAACAAUGUACAUGUUGAUACUUGUUUUGUAUUAGCUGAUCUAAGCACUCAUUUUGGGAAAAGUUUAGUAUAAAUUAAUACUUCAUAGUGAGGGUAUGUAACUCCAAAGUGACUAGGAUUUUGAUACAGCUAUUUUUGAAAGAAAAUUGCAAUUUGAAUUUUUAAAUCUUACCUCAAGCUGUUUUUCAGCAUUUUUAUAUUUUGGUAAUCAUUUGUUGUAGAAAGCAUAGGUGAAGAAUUUCAGUGGACAACUUUGUGUAAUUGUUUUUUAUUUUUUUUUAAAAAUGUACUAGUGUAUUUUAUACAAAACUUCUUUGCUGCCUUUUGACUGCAGGAAUCUCAUGUCAGCCAUCUCUUAUUUUUCCUAGACUGUAGUGACUAGAGGGGCCACCUUUUGAAUGUGUGAUUCAGUUCCUAUAGUUGAUAAAGGGAGAUUUAUGAAAGCUUCAGCAAUAUGAGCUAUCCUGCUUGUUAUUUAUUGGCCAGUAAUUAUCCUUUAUCCAUUCAUAGAAUUUUUCAAUAUGAUCAGAAAAUAAUUCUGUUAAGGGAUGGAGGAUCGCUGUGGUAAUGAAUUCCCCCCAAGUCAGCUGCACAGUAAGUGAAGUAACUGAUUAGCAAUGGGCACUCAAUUAGGUUAACCUCUCAGUUUCUUCAGAAAGAGUUAUUUCAUGAACCUUGUAUCUCCCCCCCCCCCCGGCUCUUUGCAUCUUUCUACCUUUUCUCCAGUGGAUACUCAAAAGUAAAUCAAUCAUUUUAGUAGCCUGAAGUUCUGAUACUCUUUGAUAUGGGUUGGCCAUUAAUAAAUCUAUUGUAGUCAAAUCAUUAUUAUAAACUUGGAAGUUUAUAAUAGUAUAGAAGUAUAGUAUAGAAGCAUGUGAAACAGCUGGACUAAGUAUUUCACUGAAGACACAAAGGGAAUUUGACAGUAGCAGACAGACGCCUGUAUUUCAUAGGUGUCAACCCAUAGACAGCUGAGAGAUGGCAGUAUUUUCCCCCUUCCCUUUCUAAACUCUUACUAGGCAGCAUGUAGUAAUUUAAAUGGCUAUAAGAAAAGUCACCUCAAUAAGGAAGAAAUGCAUACUAAAAGUAAGGGCAAGUAAAUCUUACACAAGCAAUAUGCCUACUUUGAUUACUUCAAGUACCUACUACAGCACGUAUCUAGCUUCCACAAAAGACUCACAGCAGGACAUGUAAAAAGAAGAAGCUGAAAGAAAGACAAGUUUUUUAAAAAGGCUGUGAGAAUAGAGGCAAGAAUAGAAAGCAUAGAGAAGCAAGGCUGUUUUGGAAGUACCACAUCUAAAAUGUAGUAAUUUAAGCUAUCUUCACUUCCACUUGGGGAAGCCUGUUAUGGCAAAGUUAAAGCAGCCUUUACAGGAUUGCUAGCCAAAUGGUAAUUGCAAGUAUCUUUAAUGGCUAGCCAUGCCUUUUACCUUAUUGCUUGUGCUACCUAUCAUAUCUUCAGAAUUCAGAUUUUUCUCUGUGCGGCUCACUGUUCAAUUUUAACCCCUAUUAUAAGUAACACAUGGAUGCCUAAUCUUAGAACAACAAGACAAUCUGUCAGUUGGGAGACUCAGCUAUGGAGGUUGCUGAGUAUUCUUGGGUCAGGCACACAUUCACUAACCUACCUCACUGAGUUGUUGUAAGUAUAAAAUCGAAGAGGGGAGAACUGUCUAACAUUCUAAGCACCCUAGAGGCUUAGAAUGGCAAAAUUAUGCAGCAAUUUAUAUUUUAUACUUUGUAUACCAGUGACUUGGCACCAGCUGCAGGUAUUUUUGAGAUACUUUCAGGUUUUCAAGCAAUUUUAAACAAAGGGUUGAAACAGUUGCUCUAUUUGCAGUCUUGUUUUAACUGUACACUUCUUCCUAAGUAAAUUACUAAAGGCUUGAUAAAAAGUAUUCUGUACCCAUCUAGUACUAGUGUGGAAACUACCUAAAAUUAAAGAACAACCCUGGAUCCAGCUUUCAGAAUUAAGAAAUGGAUCUCAAAAGAAUUUAGAUCUAAUUAUGUAUGCUGCCAGACUUAAAAGAAACAAUAAUCUAGACAAAAAAAACCAUAGUUCCUAUUGGUGGAAGCUCAAAUUUUAUUACAUUAAGACAAUUUCCAGGUCAUACGCUGUAUACUGCAAACAAAAAAACCCCAAUCCAAUUUCAGUAAAAUUUAUACGUACCAGCUAUAGUAAAAAGAAAUUCACC